UACGUCAAAAAGUGUAAACAAAAAUCUUCACAUAAAGCUUCACAUUAUCCUCGUAAAACAAAAACUCGAACUUCUGAGCGCUGCUAAAAAUCAGUAUCCGGCUCCAAAUACAUUUUAUUCCUGAUUUUCCGGUUCCUUUUCAAAGCAUUAUGAUUUGCAACAUCGCCACAUCGGAAAACCUCUCGUGCAACAUCGCCAAUCUGUGCCGAGUUUGUUCAGCGCCCGGGUCACACAAUAUUUUCCUCAAAAUUCCAGCCUACCUGCACGAACAUCCCCGGGAGUGUGUUCGCUGGUCGUCGCCGAUCCAUAGGUUAGUCACGGAAGUAACAGGUCUGGAUAUUACACCGGACGAUGGGCUUCCUCAGAAAAUUUGCGUCGUUUGCAUCUCGUACCUGAAGCACGCGUACACAUUCCGGAGGCAGACGAUUGACAAUGUCGCGGCACUGUUGGCCGCCAAGUAUCUCAUCGGGGUGCAAGAACAGAGCAAAGAUGCCAAGAAGAACGUAGACAUAAUGGAACUUAUUCCGACAAUGGUGAGCCCGACGGUGAUUCGACCCAACGUCAACGAAACCAGUUACAAAAUGAUGAACUUCGGAGGGAAAGGACGGAAAUCGAUUCCCUAUCAGAAGAACUUGGACAAAGAAGUGCUUGGGCAAGUAUUAGGUGGGAGUGCUCAGAAAAGAAAGAAGCAGAAUAAUGUGGAAGAGGAACGACGACGAAUAGAGGAAGCACGCCUAAGCAGAUGGCAAGAUUCAUCUCCCGAUGAGAAUGCAGCAGGAACUUCUGGGGGAUUUUUCAGCUAUACGGAAAAAGAGUUUCAGGAAGAUGACAUUAUGGAGCUGGACAUUCUGAAGGAACACAAUAUAACAUUUAAUCUACCAGAAGACUAUAAGGAGAAAAAGUGUCCUUCUUGUCGGAGGCGGUUUAUGUUCGAUGAGUCGUAUAAUGAGCACCUUAAAGAAUGUCUCCUGUUUAAGCUGGUUAAGUUUAUUCGGGAAGUCUAUCAUUUCCUUUAUUUGAAGGAAAAUCGAUCCAUUUCGUCGUUUGAAUUUAUUAGAAGGGUUGUAUUCUCUGUUAGGAAAACGGUUGAAGUGAUUUCCUGCUAUGACGAGGGAAAUGUUGAACCAGAAUCAGAAACUGUUGAGAGCUCUAGCGUAAAGACAGCUGAUGAGGACACAAUCAAAAUUGAACGCUCUUUUCUAAGCAAUUUGGAAAAACUUCGCCUUAAUUACAAUCCAGAAGGAUCUAAAAUUAUGUCACCCACCAUUCUGCAGCAACAACUAGAUGACGGUCCCUGUUCGGUCACCACAGAGUCUAGUUCGAUAUCACCUCUUUUGGCAAUCACUCGUUGCGAAGAGUGCAGUAAAACAUUCGAAACGGUCACUGAACUCGAAACGCACAAUAAACACUACCAUUGUAUACCACCUACAAUCGCAACAACGCCGAACAAUCUCAAAAGGCCUGCACCGUUCCCCCCAGCACCGAUUGCACCUACUCCGGAAGAAGUAGAAAUGAUCAAAAAUCGACUUUGCCUACAAACGCCGGACUCGUCUUGUGGCGGCGGACGUCCAACUGGCAGCAGUAGCGACGACCAACGGAAAACGGUUAGCUGCAGAAAAUGCAAACAGCGAUUCUACACAAUAACUCAGCUGGACAAUCAUCAGAUUCGCCUCUGUCAGCGAAACUCGCCACCCGUUCAGAGUCAGGUGGCACAAAGUUCAGCCGAACGGAACCGGAAGAAUCUAAACGCCAGCUACUUUUAUACCAUGGAGUUGCUCAAGGAUAUGAAGUAGUCACGUGUGGAACAUCGUGACUUUUUUGUGUAACAUUUUGUUAAUUAACUUUCGCUUAUUUAUACGUGCUCCUUAAUGAUUUUAGAAAACUUAUCUCAUAGUAUACGUGUCGCUGUAGUUUUAAUCCUAAAUUCCAACAUUUUUAUUUUUUUUUAAAGAUAAUUCUAACGAAUUAAAAAAUUUUUUUUGUUAAACCUACUGCAGUAUUUAGUCAGAAUUUUGUACGCAACAGCGAGUUUUUUGAAGUAAGCACGAAAAUUUCCAUUGCAACACAGAGACUUGACCGUAGCAGACAAAUAAAUAUUCGUUUUUUGUAUAAAACUCAUAAA